CACUCACCUCACACUCACCUCAUGGGCACAGAGGCAAGGGAGCAAAUAACACAAGAGAAAGAUGAGCCUAAAAAGCUGGUUUGGAUUCCCAGUCUCUCCAGAGAAUUUGACUCCUACUGCUGAGCUCAUCUGCAUCUGUUUCACUGCUCUCUCAGUCAUCCUUCUUUUGGUUGUUGCUGCCAUAUACAAGUGUACACAAAAGAAAAACAGAGGGAAAAAGGAAGAUAAGACAGCUGAGAGGAAUUUAACUAAAGCGUUGAGCUCAGGAGAAACAGAAAAUGAGAACAAACAUUCCAAAGUCGUAGCAGCCGAGGAUCAGAUCGAUGGACGGCUGGAGAAACAGGAAGAAGUGAAGGAGGAGGUGAAGACAGAGAAGAUCACGACCACCAAGACCAAGAAAAAUGAGACUAAAGACAUAAACGCUGACAUCCAGCAGCUGCAGAGUCAGAAUCAAGCGAAGACACUAAACAAAGAUCUGAAGCAUGACAACCCUGAGCUGGAGCUGCCAAAGUCAGACGAGCAGUUAAAGGAGACAAGACCUGAGCCGGAGAUCCAGAGUUCAGAGGUGGACAAAUCUGAGUGGCUGAAACAUGACACGCUUAACAAAGUGAAGAAGACUCCUUCAGGGCUGAAGCUCGCCCUUGCUCUCACCAGGAUGAUGAAAUUGGAGGACAAAGUAGACACAUUUUGCAGUGGUAACAAUCAGUCGAUGGAAAACGACCUGGAAAACCUGAAGAGGAAGCUACAGGCCAAAGAAAAAGAGCUGGAGAAAUAUGAGUGGCUGAGAAAUGAGCUGAUUCAUGGAAUAAAGUCUUUACCGCAACUGAAGCUCACCCUCGCCAUCACCAGGAUACAGAAGUUGGAGGAAACAGUGGAUGAAUUACUUCAUGUUAAAAAUCAAUCAGUGGAGAACAACCUGCAGAUCCUGCAGUUGAAGCUUGAGGCCAAAGAAAAAGAGGCAAAUGAGGAAAUGGCUAAAGUUCAGCAGCAGCUCCAGGAUGAGCAGCAGAGGAGGGAGGAUGCUGAGCUGACUGUUCAGAAAAGGCUGGAGAGCACAAAUGAGAUUGAAGACAGAGUAGCUGAGCUUGAGCAGCAGCUCCAGGAUGAGCAGCGGAGGAGGGAGGAUGCUGAGCUGACUGUUCAGAAAAGGCUGGAGAGCACGAAUGAGCUUGGAGACAGAGUGGCUGAGCUUGAGCAGCAGCUCCAGGAUGAGCAGAAGAAGAGGGAGGAUGCUGAGAAGGAUCUUAAGAACCUUAAGGUUCAGGUGGCAACCAAGAACAGGAAGCCAUCAGCUGAUCAUGAGACCAUGAGUCGGACUAUAGAUGAGCUGAAGCAGACCCAGACUCAGCUGGAGGAGAGGAACACCGAGAUCAGGAAGCUGCGGAAACAGUUGGACCACAAACUCAAUGAAGAGAAGCAAAGAAAUGAGAAAAACCUGGAGACCCUGAAGAAGAAGUUUGAGACCCAAAAGCAGAAGUUUGAAGACAAAGUAACUGAAGUCCAGCAGCAGCUAAAGGACGAACAGCAGAGGAGGGAGGCUCUGAUGGAGCUGAACCAGGAGUUUCAGAGACAGCUGAGUGAACUUAAAGCGAGGCACAAGGAGGAGCUGCAGGAGAAGACUCAGGUUGAGCAGGAGUGGAGGAAGGAGGUUAAGGAAGAAGUGGAGGUCCUGAAGCAGGAGCUGGAAAGCAAGAGGAACCAGCUAAAGACGGCCGAAGAAGAAGAACCUGACAUCUCUGCAGAUGAACCUUCGGCACCAACAGAACCAAACGAAGCUCUGGACUCUGUCUGAAGUACAAAUAAUGACGUCAUGGACAAAAAUUUUCUUUCAUUGAUCUCAGUUCAAAGUUCACACAAGCAGACAGUGAACUUCAUAAUAAUUUGAUUUCAAUAGUUCAGUGUUUCUUUUACAUUCUUGAUCACUGAAUCAAUUUAGGAAGUGUUGACUUCUGUGGUUCUUUCUUACUGUGCAUUUGUAUUAAUGGAGUGCAACGGUGUAACAGCAGGAGGAUUUAAAUGCAGAUGUUUACAUUAUGUUUUAAUAUCUGAUUUUUUCACGUAUACCUACCUGCAUGCUGCAGGGCUUUUAUAAAAAUGUGAUGCAAAAAAAACAACACAGACUGUUGGCUAUAUGUAAUGUGCUGAUGCCAAUAUGUCACCCACCUGCCACUGGGAUGCAACAUCAGUACAAGUACAAUACCACAAACUAACCACCUCCUGUUGCCAGAUUUGAUUCACGUUUGGAAACCACUGUUCUAGUCAAAUGUGAGGCCAUCGGUCUGAGAGAUCUUCAAGCUACUGAAUGAUAGGAUAUACUUAGUGUCUCUCAGAAAGACACUUUCACAUGAUUGUACAAUUUUUUUUUAAGGCAAAAAUGAGCAAAACAUACUUACGACCAGGAAUUCAAAAUGUUUUGAUUGCUUUUGAUUAUUUUUUGUCAGGAUUUACCUGCUAUUUUGGAAAUGGCUGUCAUGUACCCCUGUGACAGGCAGGUUGAGGACCCCAAUGCAGGACUCCAGAGACAGAGUUAUACUCAAAAAUCUCAGCUUUUUUUCUGGAAAAAAACACAGAUGAAAAAAUAAACUGGAAAACUCACUCACAGACAAAAACGCACACAGCAGGAGGAAAAUCUGUGAUGACAUCACAACAACAGACAUGGGAAAACUGAGACAAUAUAUACACACCUGAAGCUAGACAAUGGGAAACAGCUGGGUGGGAAUUAAUGGAAGUAAAACUGAACACAACACACAGGGAACAGGACACUAGUAAAAUAAAACAGGAAGUGAACAAACAGGAACACGGCAAGAACACAACAGGAACUAAAUACAAAAACAUGACACAGAAGAAAACUCCCAAAACUGAAGUAAGAAUCAAAACAGAAUCUAAAGGUAAAGAACAAAAACACACUGGGACUCGACCCAGAACAAUAGCUCUGCAUGUUAACAUUGUUUUUAGCUGUGUUGGUGGCCCUGUGGAUGACAGUGUUGGUCUGCCGGUCAGUCUUUGGUCCAAGAUAAUUAGAGUUAAAUUAUUUGAUAAGUUCAGUGAGCCCCUGACUCGCCAUCUACUUUUGUCAAGUUGAGAUUGAACAUCUUUCAGUUUACCUGCACUUCCAUCAGGCUCAGCUGCUUUGUGUUUUAUUCUAGCAAACCAAGACUAAAAAUAAAAGGCGACUGAUGCUCAGUGCCUUUUGCUGUAUAUAU